GAGAGUUAUUUUUCCAUUGUUUCAGAGAUGAACCAGCUGUUGCCACAUCAGGCAGGAAACAGGAGUCCUGCAAAGUGGUGGCGGACCUCUUCUAAUGGAAGAAUGGUUGUACUCAGGCAAUUUGGGCUGCUUCUCUGGAAGAAUUACAUCCUGCAGAAACGGCAGAUUUUGGUAACGGUCAUAGAAAUCUGUCUGCCGCUGCUGUUUGCUGCCAUCUUGAUUGCACUUCGUCACCGGGUGCAUUCAAUCAGCCACCCCAAUGCCACUAUCUACCCUACCCAGUCGGUGGAUGACCUGCCAGCAUUCUUCUAUCACCGGCAUCCAAGCAACCCUUGGGAGCUGGCGUACAUCCCCUCGAACAGCAGUGCUGUGAAGAACAUUGCUGAGGCAGUAGAAAAAGCUUUACCGAUCAACAUUAAAGCUCAAGGUUUUUCCUCGGAGAGGGAAUUUGAAGAAUAUGUGAAGUUGGACAACCGCUCAGGCAAUGUGCUGGCAGCUGUUGUGUUCAAACACAACUUCAGUCAGAGCAAGGCCCCCUUGCCCCUCCAGGUUGAUUAUGAACUGCGCUUCAAAUACAGCCCAAGGAAUGCCCCCCGGAGUGAGCAGACCGGCUUAAACCCUAACCUUGACCGUGACUGGCACACCAGCUACCUCUUCCCUCUUUUCCAGUUGCCCGGUCCCAGGGAGGCCAAGUUUGCAGAUGGUGGAACACCAGGUUAUAUCCGGGAAGGCUUCCUGGCAGUGCAACAUGCCUUGGAUAGAGCCAUCAUACAAUAUCACACUAAUGACAACAGUGCCAGCCUGCUGGAGAACAUCACUGUGGUGGUACAGCGCUUCCCCUACCCGUCAUAUGUCAAUGACCUCUUCCUUCUUGCCAUCCAGAACCAGCUACCCUUGCUGCUCAUGCUCAGCUUCACCUACACCUCACUCAACAUCGUCCGUGCUGUCGUGCAUGAGAAGGAGAAGAAGCUGAAGGAGUACAUGCACAUGAUGGGCCUCAGCAACUGGCUGCACUGGAGCGCCUGGUUCCUCAUGUUCUUCCUCUUCCUGCUGGUGUCUGUGUUUUUUGUCACAGUGCUCUUCUGUGUGAAGGUGAGUGAGCAGGGAGCAGUGCUUACCAACAGUGACCCCACACUGGUGUUCACUUUCCUCGCCAUAUUCUCCAUCUCCUCUAUCUCCUUCAACUUCAUGGUGAGCACCUUCUUCUCUAGAGCAAACAUUGCGGCUGCUGCUGGUGGCUUCCUGUACUUUUUCUCCUACAUCCCUUACUUCUUCAUCUCACCCCGCUAUGACCUGAUGUCCCACAACCAGAAGCUGGCAUCCUGCCUCAUCUCCAAUGUGGCCAUGGCAAUGGGAGCACAGCUCAUUGGCAUGUUUGAAGGAAAAGGAACUGGCAUUCAGUGGAGGGACCUCAUGAAGCCAGUCAGCGUGGACGACAACUUUACCUUAGCACAAGUGCUGGGGAUGCUGCUCCUGGACUCGUCUCUCUAUGGCUUGGUGGCCUGGUAUGUGGAGGCCGUCUUUCCAGGGGAGUAUGGUGUGCCACAGCCUUGGUACUUCCUCUUUACGCCCUCGUACUGGUGUGGGCGCCCUAGGACUGUUGUGGGAAAAGAGAAGGAGGAAGAGGAGGACCCUGAGAAGGCCCUGAAGAGCCAGUACAUUGAAGAAGAGCCAGCUGACCUUGUGUCAGGAAUCAAAAUAAAGCACCUUUCCAAGGUCUUCAAAGUGGGAAACAAGAUGAAAGAGGCAGUCAAGGACUUAACAGUGAACAUGUACGAAGGGCAGAUCACUGUUCUGUUGGGACACAACGGUGCUGGGAAGACCACUACUCUGUCUAUGCUCACAGGUCUAUACUCUCCAACAAGCGGGCAAGCAUACAUCAACGGCUAUGAGAUCUCACAGGACAUGGUUCUGAUCCGACGGAGCCUGGGCUUGUGUCCCCAACACGAUGUACUCUUUGACAACAUGACAGUGGAAGAGCACCUCUAUUUCUACUCGGGGCUGAAAGGCUACCCACCUUCCAAGUGCCCUGAGGAGAUCAGCCAUAUACUGAGGAUCCUGAACCUGGAGGACAAACGCCACUGUCUGACAAAGGCGCUCUCUGGUGGCAUGAAACGCAAGCUCUCUAUUGGCAUUGCCCUCAUUGGGGACUCCAAGGUGGUGAUGCUGGAUGAGCCAACAUCGGGGAUGGACCCAGCCUCCCGCAGAGCCACAUGGGACCUCCUGCAGCAGCAGAGGAGCAACCGUACCAUCUUGCUCACCACCCACUUCAUGGAUGAGGCUGACCUGCUGGGGGACCGCAUAGCUAUCAUGGCCAAGGGCGAGCUGCAAUGCUGCGGUUCCUCUCUCUUCCUCAAGCGUAAAUAUGGGGCAGGAUAUCACAUGGUGAUGGUGAAAGAGCCAUAUUGUAGCCUGGGGGAGAUCUCCCGCCUCAUCUGUCAGUACGUGCCCAACGCUACCAUGGAGAGCAAUGCUGGGGCAGAGCUGUCCUUCAUCCUGCCCAAAGAGAGCACGCACAGGUUUGAGGCUCUCUUCACUGAGCUGGAGCAGAAGCAGGAAGAGCUAGGCAUUGCUAGCUAUGGUGCCUCUGUCACCACCAUGGAGGAAGUCUUUCUGAGGGUUGGGAAGCUGGUGGAUUCCAGCAUGGAUAUUCAGGCUAUCCAGCUCCCUGCUCUCCAGUAUCAGCAUGAGAGACGCUCCAAUGACUGGGCCAUGGACGACUCCAGCAGCUUGAGUGGAAUGACAGAUAUGACAGAUGACAGCGGGGCACUCAUUACAGAGGACUGCUCCAGUACCAAACUCAAUACUGGGUUCUACCUCUGCUGCCAGCAGUUCUACGCCAUGUUCAUGAAGCGAGCCAUGUACAGCUGGCGCAACUGGAAGAUGGUGGCAGCACAGUUCCUUGUGCCUCUGAUUUUCACUGCCUUUGCCCUCAUCGUUGCCAAGACCUUCCCAGGACCCAGGGAUUCCUCUCUCCUGAGGCUGAUGCUGGAGCCCUAUGGCCAGACUAUUGUGCCUUUCUCUGUCUCAGCUACCUCAGGUCUGUCGCAGAGGUUAGCGGAGCAGUAUGUGGAGCUGCUGGAUGCCCAGCACCAGUCACCGCUGGAGGUGCUAGGUGGCCUGGAGGAGUAUCUCAUCUUGAGAGCGUCUGAGGAGGGGGGAGCCUUCAACGAACACUACAUCGCAGCUGCCUCUUUUGAGGAGGCCGGAAACCACACAGUGGUCACCGCACUGUUCAACAACCAGGCAUACCACUCUCCUGCCACUGCCCUCAUGCUGGCUGACAACGCUGUCUUCAGGGUGCUGGCAGGCCCCAACGCAUCCAUCACAGUUACCAACUACCCUCAGCCCCGCAACAUCACUGAGAAGGCCAAGGACCAGCUCAUGGAAGGCCAGACUGGGUUCGCUAUUGCCAUCAACUUGCUCUAUGGCAUGGCUUCGCUCGCCAGCACCUUCGCGCUCCUACUGGUCAGUGAGCGGGCCAUCAAAGCCAAGCAUGUCCAGUUCGUCAGUGGAGUCUAUGUGGUCAACUUCUGGCUUUCUGCCCUUCUCUGGGACAUCAUCAACUUCCUCAUUCCUUGUGCUCUGAUGCUGGUGAUAUUCCAGGCCUUUGAUGUGCAAGCAUUCACUCAAGACAGCCACCUGGUUGAUGUGAUGCUGAUUUUCCUCCUUUAUGGCUGGGCAAUUAUCCCCCUCAUGUACCUCCUCAGCUUCUUCUUCUCAGUGGCAGCCACAGCCUACACACGUCUCACUAUCUUCAACAUCCUGUCAGGAACAGCCACUUUCCUUGCAGUCACCAUCAUGAGCAUUCCAGAACUGGGCUUGGUGGACCUCUCCAAAACCCUGGAUAAAGUCUUUCUGAUCUUACCCAAUUAUUGCUUGGGCCAAUGCAUCAGUGACUUCUACCAGAACUAUGAAUUCAUUCAGUUUUGCACCUCCUCUGUUGAAGCGAUCUUCAUCUGCAAGGCAUUCAAUAUCAGUUAUCAAAUGAACUAUUUUUCCUGGGAGACACCUGGGAUUGGACGAUACCUGACAUCCUUGACCAUCCAGGGCUUCUCCUUCCUCUUCCUCCUUUUCCUCAUUGAGACAAACCUUCUCUGGAGAUUAAGAACUUUGGUCUGUGGCAUCUGCAGGCGGCGAAAAUGGGUUGCACUCUUGAACAGGGUGCCUGUGCUGCCAGAAGACCGGGAUGUAGCAGAUGAGAGGAAAAAGGUUUUGGAGUCACCACCAGAGCUGCUGUCAUCACUGAGCAGCCCCUUGGUCAUCAAAGAGCUCACUAAGGUCUAUGACAGCCGGGAGUCCUUGUUGGCAGUGGACAGGAUCUCCUUGGCAGUCAGCAAAGGUGAAUGCUUUGGCCUUCUUGGCUUCAAUGGAGCGGGCAAAACCACCACCUUCAAGAUGCUGACUGGCGAUGAGAGUAUCACAUCAGGAGAUGCCUAUGUGGAUGGCCACAGUAUACUGGCCAACAUCAAAAAGGUCCAGCAGCGGAUUGGCUACUGCCCACAGUUUGAUGCCCUCCUGGACCACAUGACAGGCCGCGAGACUCUGAGCAUGUAUGCCCGGCUGCGGGGCAUUCCUGAGCGUUAUAUUGGCAGCUGUGUGGAGAACAUGUUGAGAGGGCUGCUGUUGGAGCCCCACGCAGACAAGCUAGUGAGGACCUACAGUGGUGGUAACAAGCGGAAGUUGAGUGCUGGGAUUGCUCUCAUCGGUGGCCCCCCUGUGAUCUUCCUGGAUGAGCCCUCUACUGGCAUGGACCCUGUGGCCCGGCGUUUGCUCUGGGAUGCAGUGACGCGGACGCGGGAGUGUGGCAAAUCCAUCAUCUUCACUUCCCACAGCAUGGAAGAAUGUGAGGCCUUGUGCACCCGACUGGCCAUCAUGGUGAAUGGGCAGUUCAAGUGCCUGGGCAGCCCCCAGCACCUGAAAAGCAAGUUUGGCAGUGGCUACACCCUAUUGGCCAAAACACGGAGUGAUGAGGAAGGCGAGCUGCUGGCCUUCAAGGCCUUUGUGGAGAAGACUUUCCCAGGUAGCAUCUUGAAACAUGAACACCAGGGCAUGGUACAUUAUCACUUGACCAACAAGAACCUCAGCUGGGCACAGGUCUUUGGGGCCUUGGAGAAAGCCAAAGAGAAGUAUCACUUAGAAGACUAUUCAGUUAGCCAGAUAUCCCUGGAGCAAGUCUUCAUGAGCUUCACUCGCUUCCAGCACUACACAGAGGACCGAGGGAAAUGAACCCACUGGUGCCCUUCUUCAUGGACUGGCCCUGCUGCCUAUACAUAGUAUAUAUAGAGACAGUAAUUUAUAUAUUGGCGUGUGUCUUACAUAAUGUAUAAAUGUAAGAAAAUUUUCACCACAGGGAGGGACAGGAUGGAGUCAUACCUUCUGCUGUUGCGCUGUGGGAAUCACAAGUAGUGUGUGUGUUGCGUGCCCACUGUGGUGCGCACAUUGUGUGUGUGUGUGUGUGCCUGUGUGUGCAUGUGACACUUUCACUCUUCAGCAUUCAUUCCCAUCUACAGCAAAAAUGUCCAAAAAGCAGUGAGAAAGAGUAGGUGGAUGAAGAAGGGCAUUGUGGAUUCUGCUCCAUAUUCAAAUCUUGGUGUGCCUGUCAGCAGAGUAGGACUGGGCCACUGUCAGGUUCCUGUUGCUGGUGCGGAUGGUUGGAAUGUAGGCUGUUGCCCUGAUACUGCACGUUUCCCACAUACCCAUCGUCCCACUGUGCCCAAAACUCGUGCAUCAGGAUGCUGCUUUAUGGUCUUCACACGCAUGUCAAAUUAUAUUCUGUUAGGUGGAUUGCUUGUGAUUUAACAGGAUGCUGUUAAAUAGCUUAGAUCUAAAACGUUCACUGGGUUAAUUAGGAUGUAUUGAGGUUGCCCUCUUAGAAGCACUUCCAGACUAGAUGGAAGAGACACAUACAAAGGAACAGCCGUGGUUUUCCCCCUAUGGCAAAUCUUCCGUCCAUUCCAUUAGCAGCAGAAGGUGGGAAAAGGCUCUGUCUCCCUUUAACCUCACAGAAAAGAUGUGCCCUCCUGCCUGCUUGUGUCUCACUCAGUUCUGCUGAGACUUCCUCCAGGCCUGCAGCUGUCAGCCACCACGUGGGGAGAGAGGACAAGACAGGCUGUUCUGCACAGAGGCUAUUAGUCACUGCUGCCUGGGGAAUGUCUUUGGGAUGCUUGUGCUGCUCCUGUGAUAGCCUGCGAGCAAGGGAUGACUUCACCCCAGCAAGGGCCAGAAGGUACUCUAAAAUCACUAGUCAUCGGGACAUUCAUCUUUUGCUGGCUGUGUGACCCAGAGUUCAGAUGUGUGCUUCAGGGGUGGCACCGGGCUUUCUCCUCCGAUUUUGCCCUGGGACGUAUGCAUCACCCCAGGGGCUGGGUGUGCAGGGUGUACCUCUGGCAUGGUGCAAACCCUGCUGUCCAGGAGAAGAGCUGUGCUCCAUUUUCCAACCCGCUAUGCUUGCAUUUUGCCUGCCCGUGCCAUGGGUGCUGUGCAGUGUCAGCAGAGAGGAGGAGACCUGGCUCUCUGGGCACGUAGCAUAAAGGCAUCUACGAGGCACAGUUUAGAAUGAACAGCCUGUGCUGAAUUGACUCCCAUCAGCAGUGCUGAACCCAGUAUGCGCUGCCAACCCAGAUUCCUGAUGUCAUGUCAAGAGGGAAAUCUAAGAGCUCCUAUUCCUCCUGCUGGCGGGGGCCCAGCUAAGGGAAUUAAAACGUGCCCAUGGAUGGAGGCAUACUCAUCUGUAGAGGCUGGCAGCAGCUCACACUGUCCAAGGGAAGGCAUGCUGUGCAGUGCCAGUCGCUGGCGCUGGGUUUGCAGGAAGGAUGUUUAAUAGAUAAAUGUCCAGAGUCUGGCCCUUUGACAGAGCACGAGAGGAAGAGGACCAUGGCCCCAGAGCUCAGUUUGAAGGCAGCGAUGGUGUGGAGGUUUAAUAGGGUGCCUGAGGACUGUUUGGCUUGAUCCAUUCAUUAAAAGGUUUAGACAACUGCACGGCCCUGGACUGCGUUACCCAACUGUUCCAGCUACAGGACUCCAGACCUGCAUUCUUUGAAGGGUUUGAAGGACCAGCGAUGCUCUGGCCACAUGUGUGUCCUUGUCUGCUCUCCCAUUAUGUGCAAGAGAGCUCCAGGCAGAGUAUGCCCACCUUCCCCAUGUCCCUCUCCUUAUCCCCGUGUCCAGCUGCUCCUGCAACAGGGAGCAGCUGAAUUUGCUGCCAUGGCUUUGCCCUGCUGUCAGGGAGUCUGCUGCCACCCAGGGCAUUAGACCUGAAUGCAGUGCCAAGGGUAUUAGGCAGUCGGUCUGCCCCAGGCCCUGUCCAUGCAGAGCAAGAGGCAGCAGGAGCAAUUGGGAUUUAUUUUUUUGGCAUUUCCCCCUGGGGUUGAGUUGCUUUUUAUUUGUUUGUUUUAUCUAUGUGUUGGGUCUUGUCUGUCUCUUAACUAGUCCCCAUUUCACUUUUGGGCAGUCCCAUCUGGCUGACUGCUCUGUGAUCAAUGCAGAGCUAUUUGCACUAUAGUAAUACACACAGUUGCACAUACUAAAUCAAUUAAUAUUAUGUGGAAGGGUGCUGAUUCCCUUCUAGUGAUUGCAUUGUCAGGGGUUGGGUUAUAUUUUGGGUUGGGCUUUUUGUUUUGUUCAUGUAACUGAAUCAUUCUUUCCUGUUCCAUUUUUCCUUUCCUCUAAUGCUGAUGUUUAAAAUCGUCAUGCAUCAUGUUACUAAGAAUUUCCCUGGAUCUUAACUAAGUGUGUUUUUAUUAAUAAGCAGCCAGUUGGUGAAUCGAAUCCCUGGAACACCUCUGAUCUGUCACGUGGGUUGAGCGUGAGGAUGUUCUUGCUGGGAUCAUCUCUGCACAAAGCAGAACCAGCUGCCCUUUGCACUACACAGCUAAGGGGCUUCCUGGGCUGCAGGACUUCUUUCCAAUGACCCCAUGCUCUGUUGCAGCCGGUUAGGGAUGUCAGUUUAGGUGAAGGGAGGCAGUGGGAGGAAAGCAGGUACCAGGAAGGAGUGACCAACAUACAUACUCCAAUGCCACCUUACCUGUCUGCCAGGUGUGAGCCCCUUUCGCCGCUCGCCUCCACAGCCUCCCCUGGCUCUGUGGGUGCAGUUGGUUCCCCUCUGCAGGCAGAGCGCAGGGGCAGUAGCAGCAGCUGCCUGGCCCCAGGUGCUUGUGCUCUGCAGGGUGUGUGGAGCCACCCACCCAGCCAUGGGGCAGCCACUGCCAUGGAAGGUGGAGCUCGAAGCAGUUGAGUUUGUGCUUUCUGUUUGAUGGGUGUCUGGAUCCACUGAGAGAGUUCCAGGACUUCCAGUAACACUUAUUUGCACAGAGAGAUAAGGCAAGACACGGCAGAGCCUUCUGAUGUCUUGCCUCAAAUGGGGCAAUGGCAUGAAAUCAGUAGUGUGUGUAGGAGAAUGACAUGGGGGGGGGGGGAAGGGAGUGGUAGGAGUUAGAAAGGUAUUGCAAAAUACAGAAUUGCAAAGUAGACUUACUAAAAGUAGGCUCUGUCAUCUCAUGGUGCCACAAAGUAGCAUUGCACUGAGCAUGGUAGCAGCAGAAAGCACAGCAGGGCUUGAGAUGACGUACAGGAAAGCAUCAUGCCCUGUUGGGGUACUGGUGAUCCCCAGGUGAGGGGCCAAAUGAUUGCAUUUAGGGAGUGUAAUCUUUGCAGCUGAAGUGGAAGCUGAAGCAGAAAGAAUCUUAGAGGAGUAACAGCAAGGAUGAAAUCCAUAUUCAGGGUCCUGGCCUGGAGAGCAGCACCACCACUGUGAGCUGUAGAGCCUGGGGCUGCACCUGCAGCUCUUCAGGUUGUCUGCUCAUAGCUCACACCCCUCUGGAGCAAGGUUUCAAUUGGUCUGGCCCAAUAGAACUAUAGAAGCAGCUCUUCUCUUCAGCCUUUGUUUACGCAGAGCUGCACUCACCCUGUCCUCUUGCAGAGGAAGCAGCCACAGGCUGUGCCACUCUUGUGUUAGUAACGGUUCCAAGUUGUACCAGGCCCAGGGGAAGUUUGAAGCAAGAGUUAAGACCAGGCUUUAGACGUAGGAGAGCUCACAUGCUGUCCAUGCCUGGGUGGGAGCUCAGAGGCAGUUCCUGGCUUGGGCCCUCUGCAGGCAGUGUCAGGGCAAGGCCAACUACUUGCUUCUGUGGCACAGCGCAGCCACCAUCUCUGCAGCAUGAGGUACUCCAGGGCCAUCAGCUUCACGCAGCAGCAGAGCUAUUGCCUCUUCCCACAGGGCCAAAUGCAGCUACAACACCCUCGUGCUCAUUUCCACUGUGUUCCACUGCGCUAGCCCUGUGCGAUUUUUGGUUGGGUUUUGUGUUGGAGGGUUGACGGGUCUUGCUUUUGGAAAUGUUCUUGCGUGGUGAGAUGUGGCAGCUGGUGGUUGUGCAUGGCAGGAGAGGCACCGUGAGAGCCCUGGGGUGGACUGGCACACCUGGUCUCCCCCAGCAUGGUACAGAUGGCUACAGUGGGAAUAUUUAUGCCAUCAUAGGAAUAAAAUAUUUUUUUUCCAA